UAUAAAACCAGUCAUUCACGCAUGCGUUGAAAGCAGUUCGGCGGGAAGUCACAUCGGUGUCAGAACUCAUUCUAUUCUAGUUACAGCCCUGAGUCGGACUGAACAUAUAUUUUUUACGUAAUUAGUAUAUUUUAAUAUAUUUAUAAAAAAUGGAAUUCGUCGGUAAGAAAUACAAAAUGGUGUCAUCAGAGAAUUUUGAUGAAUUCAUGAAGACCCUUGGCGUGGGCCUCAUCACCCGUAAAGCGGCUAAUGCCGUGACCCCCACAGUAGAACUCCGUAAGGAUGGCGACAGCUACGUACUAGUUACAUCCUCCACCUUUAAGACCACGGAGGUUAAGUUCGUCCCCGGACAGGAGUUCGAUGAGGAACGCGCUGACGGAGCCAAGGUCAAGUCCGUGUGCACAUUUGAGGGUAAUACUUUGAAGCAGGUGCAGAAGGGAGGCGACGGUCUGGAGGUCAGCUACAUUAGAGAGUUUGGACCCGAAGAACUGAAGGCCACAAUGACAGCCAAAGACGUCACCUGCACCAGGCUGUACAAGGUGCAAUAAAGAACAAAAGACUGCGAGCGGCGCUCCAACAACAUUAUGCUACUUUAUCAUAGCACAAACAAUUAUGUUAAAUUAUGUUUUAAAUUACCUAUAUUUAGGACUAGUAAGUUAAACUUUGGUUCUCGUUCCUUAAAAAAAGGAUAGUGUAUUAUUAUUUUUGUAUGUUCACUGCGUAUUUAUAACUCGCCAAAGUUUGUGUCAAAAAUUAACGUAUAACAUCUUGUAAAACUGUUGUAUAAGUUUUCAGUGCAUAUUUAAAUAAAUUGUUUUUGUAUUAUUA